CGACACUCGCGUCCACCAGCCGGCACCGCCCGACACCGACACGAGCCGCCGCACCUUCAUCUCCCCUCGAGGGCUCGCCUCGACUCGUCAUGGCAGGCGCCGGCCUCUCGGCCAACGUCUCGUCGGUCCUCGCCUGGACGAUCCUCCCCUCGUUCCUCGCCAACACGCUCCUCACCCUCUUCUACCGCCUGUCGCCCUCGUCUCGCCCGACCGUCCCCGCACGGGCCGCCCCGGCCGACCUCGCCGCCGCGCAAGAGCGCUCGCAGGCGCACCACCGCCGCGCUCGCGUCCUCCUCGUCGCCGCCUACCUCGCCUACUCGGUCCUGUCGGUCUACGUCGCGCAGCAGCGCGGCGCUGAGCAGAACUACUACGCGCUGCUCGGCAUCGAGCGCGCCGUCGUCGAGGCCGAGGGCGCACCCGCCGUCAAGAGCCACUGGCGCCGGCUCGCGCGCGUGUACCACCCGGACAAGGUCGGCAAGGACGGCGAGAGCUUCUUCGUCCUGUUGCGCCAGGGCGUCGAGGUGCUCGAGCACGACGGGCGCCGGUGGGCCUACGAGCGGUUCGGGCCGGGCGUCACAGAGUGGGGCAAGCUCGUCACGCCGAGGGAGUUUCUCAUCAAAGGCGCCGUCAACUCGGCUGUGUGGUGGGCCAUGGUGGCGGGCUCACUCGCCGUCUUUUCGUUCUUCCGCAAGAGCGAGCGCCGGUACAACUUUUGGCGGUACCUGUCGCUUCUCCUCUGCGUCUCGCUCGAGUUCCACCUCCUCCUGCGCUCGACGCCCUCGCCCACCUUUUCCCUCGCCUUCCCCUCUCGCCUCCCCUACGAGCACGUCGCCCUCCUCCGCCAACUCUUCAUCUCGGUCUCGAUGGCCAUGUCGCAGCUCGCGCCGCUCCUGUCGCCCCCCUCGCCCUCGACCGCAUCCUCGUCGACCGAGGAAGCCGCCCUCGCCGCCGCGCUCGCGGACGCCGAGCACCUCCGCCCGCUCCUGCAGCGCCUCGCCGCCCUCUCGACCACGACCGAGCGCGAGGUCGCCGCCCUGCAGCGCCUCGAGCUGCGCCCGCUCGUGCCGGACCACCCGGCGCCCGGCUCGAGCGCGAGCGACGCCGAGAAGCGCACGAGGCGCGCCGUCGAGGACAAGAUGGUGCACGUGUGGGAGGACCUGCAGGUCAAGGGCGCGAGUGGGACGGCGGGCGUGUGGACCGAGGCGGUGCGGCGAGGGCGAGCGCGAGACGCGCGCGAGAAGGGCGGGCCGGCGCAGGCGGGCAAGGGCGGCGAGGGUGUCGAGGCGGCGCCGAUCGUGGUCGUCGCGGCUGAGGACGGGUCGCGGGACAAGCCGGACGACCUGCCGGCGGCGCCGACGCUCGAGACGGCGGCCAUCCCUCCUCCUGUCACCCUCCUUGCCUCCCCUCCCGCCUCGCCCAAGCUUGGCUUCCCCCUCUCGUCCAUCGACACGCCUCCUUCCUCGCCACACACGUCGACAGUCGAGCUCCCGCUCGAGGACGACGCGCCGGCACGAGCGGGCGAGGAGGACGGCGCGCUGAAGCCGCCCGAGCGGGAGGCGGCGCACAGGCUGCCGACGCCGCCGCCGGAGGACUGAGGAGGGUGGGCCGAGUAGAUGAGCAUCUCGAAG